AUGGCUAGCAGCAGCGGCCAGGCAAGCGCAAGGCUGUCUUCUUCAUCUUCUCAUAGGCUUCCCACAGUAUCCGCGUCGCAGGCACUGCUAAACCUCAAAGCCUCCGGAUCCAGCGCGAUAUCUACAGGUUCAAAGCAGCUUGACCUGCUAUUGUGCAGCAAUGGAAUCCAGAACAGGAGCGUAACGUCUGGGGAAGGCCUACGGCGAGGUCAGAUUACCGAGGUACAUGGAUCGCCAGGCACAGGGAAGACGACGCUGGGCAUGCAAACGAGUGUGUCAGCAUUAUAUGGAGGUGAUCGAGUGGUAUGGGUAGACGCGGGCACUCAGCUAGCCGGACCACGCCUCAAUGAGCUUCUCACGUCCUUCAAACCCUCCAACGGAAAGCAAAUUAGCUCUUCCGCUCCCGUCACUCCUCGCGACGAUGACAUCCGCAGCCGCUUCCACCAUUACAUUGCGCCGACUCUAGCCCAUCUGCUAGCCAUGUGCACGGCUCCGAUGUUUCUACCAGCCGGAACAGCCCUUCUGGUUGUCGACUCAGUGUCGACACUGUUCGACAAUGCGUACCCUCGCAACACAGACGAUCGCUCAAACGGAAACAGGAACAACGACGGCAAGUGGGCUGCAAGCCGGAGGUUCUCAGUGAUGAACGACCUGAUGUCGAAGCUCAGCAAACUUGCGGCCCUGAACAACAUCGCAGUGCUAGUUACGUGUCAGACCGCCACAAGGAUGCGGGCAGGCCUGGGUGCGGUUCUGCUGCCCGCGCUUUCGGGGACCGAAUGGGACAAUGGCAUCUCGACCCGUCUAGUACUCUUCAGGGACUGGCCGCCGCCAGCUCACAAGGACAUGUCUGACGCCGACCGACAGCUUCUAGGCAAGGUCCGUUAUGCAGGCGCGAUAAAAGUCAACGGGGUAACGCUCGCAGAUAUUGGGACUGUCGGGAACGUAGUGCCCUUUACGAUUCAAGCCCAUGGCCUCGCAGACUUCGACAUUCCGUCUUCCAGCCAGACUGUCCAGUACCACACAUCACCCGUCCGACCACCGAAACGAACAUACGCCGAGAUAGCUGACUCGGACGGCGAAGAAGACGAGUACGGCUGGGGCAACGGCGACGAAGACGAAGUCCUGGCCGCCGAAGGCUUGGUCGAUGAUGCGCUAGCCAUUGACCUAACGGCCACAGAAGCAGGGCCUUGA